UGUACAAAUAUUUUAAAUUUGUUGUUUCACUAUAACCUGCGUCAUAACAACAUUUCACGGACUCGGUGUAUUUGUUUACAAUCCGGUUUAACCUUCUAAUAACAAUUUAACAAUUGAAAAUUGGCGUCUUGCAUUCGAACAGAAAUUUAUUUGGCUUGGAAACAAAAAUGUCUAGUGAUCCGAUUCAGUACUCCGAAAAAUAUCAAGAUGAUAAGUAUGAAUACAGACACGUAAUUUUAUCAGCUGAGAUAGCCAAGCACGUUCCUAAAUCUCACUUAAUGUCGGAAACAGAGUGGCGAAAUCUCGGAGUCCAGCAGAGUCCAGGGUGGGUUCACUACAUGAUGCACGUGCCAGAGCCCCACGUAUUAUUGUUUCGUCGUCGAAGGAAUGACAUUUCAUCCGCCGUAAGAAACCGUGUUCGCAGAUCAGCGAUCAUCAGGUGCAACUAAAUUAAAACGAAACAUCAAAUGAUAAAACUGCAGAUGAAUGAGUGCUAAAGCCCCUACGAGACGACUUCAAGAGGAAAAUCCCACAACUGAAAAGUAUUCUACAAAUUCUAUUUUUUGGCAAAUUAUAAAAUGGAAUAGACAUUAAUGUUAAUCUAUCGAGGAUGGUGUCAACGAGCCAACUGUGUUAUAAGGGCUGCACACAUUUCAAAAAAUUCCAUGGUAUGAUGGCCAGCCGAUUGAGACGGAAGAGAACUAGGAUCUGCAGAAAAUUGUCAAUUAUUACGUAUAAAUUCUUCAAUUGUAAAUUUUUAAACCAAAUGAAAUAAUUAAGAAAUUUAUUUUGCGAAUAUCUUUAAGAUUAAUUGAAUCGAGAAAAAAUAUCACGAAUCUUUUCCCUGCUACUCAUAAAAUAUGCCCUCAAAUACGAUUCUUGAUACAACUCCUCGAAUCAUUUUCUCUUAAAGACAGUUGCAAAUCCAUUGGUGAUUUAUAUAUAAUGUACAUAAAUUAAUAAACACGAAGUACCUUUCAGAAAAUCAUCUGCUUCAUCAUUCGGCAGUGACUUGAAAUCUAGGAGGUAGCUUUUGUAAUCAACUUGAUAAAGUUGAAGGGACAUUUUGCUGUGUCUAUUUGCCAACUUGUUCUGUUGUCGAACUCGAACACUGUAGGCGUUUAUAAUUUUCCAUUCGAAAUUCAAAGCUUUCAUAGCACGAUAAACUU